AUGUCAACAGUAGGGAGGGUGGUCCGCGAGCAGGAGCUGAGGAAGACGGUGCUGAGAGACGCCUGCAGAGAAAACAUGGAGGCCUUUCCCCAAGAUAAGGAAAGCUCGGACAAACGUAUCAAAACAGUGCUACAUCAACUCCUUGUCGAUGAUGAACAUGGCGUCAUUUACUGCUUUAUAAAUAAGGUGGCAUGCACUAAUUGGAAGAGGUUCAUGAAUGCACUAAAAGAAGGCGAGCCCUACCCUGAUCUCAUGAGCAUAUCUCGCACAAAGGCCCACGAUAAAAAAAAUCUGCGUAGCCUUGCCAGCUUCUCGAAAGUCGAGAUGGAGGCCAAGUUGAAGCACUACACCAAGUUCAUGUUUGUCCGUGAACCCUUUGUGCGCCUCAUCUCAGCCUUCCGGGACAAACUCCUGUCGUUGAAUCAAAACUAUUACCAAGGUUUAAGCCGAGGCCUUCUGCAUCGCUACGGCAACAUGUCUGACACCCCACCGACUGUGAAGGAGGCGGUUGAGUCAGGCAUCCAGCCCACCUUCUACCAUUUUGUCCAGCACCUGCUGGACCCACAGACAAACAGGCGUUUGUUUGACAUUCACUGGAGGCAGAUUCACCUCAUGUGUCAACCCUGCUACAUCGAGUACGACUUUAUCGGGCAUCAGGAGACGCUUGAUGAAGACGCCCUGGAACUGCUAACGUCCUUGAACAUGGAGAAGCUCAUCAAGUUUCCCCCGGCCUACCAAAAUAUGACGUCCCCUGCAACAUUGUCGAAGUGGUUUAAAGAAGUGCCCCUGGAGGACAGGAGGAAGCUUUACGAGCUCUAUCAGAAGGACUAUGAGCUGUUUGGCUACGAUCCACCUUACACUUUACUCAACAUCACACAAUAG